AUGGCAGGUAUUGCAUCUGGAAUCUGCAGCCUCGCUGUCGGCGGCGAUGCACGACGCCGGCCAACACAAGCACAGCAGUGUUGCUCCAACGGCAACACUCCUGCUCCUGCUCCCGCGCCCGCGCCCGCGCUCACGCAGCAGUCAUAUGAAGAGUUUGCCUAUUCAAAUACAGGAAAACAAAACAUCAAAGGUCUUACUAAUCAAACUGGCUAUGUUAAGGGAAAUGCUAAUGGAGUCAUCAACUUUGGUUCCUUGAUGUCCUCAGCUAAUGCUCAGAGGCAAGCAUGA